AUGUCACGUUUGUCAGUUAACCACAAGUUAGAGACCAUUGUGUCAUUAGAUACGAAAACAAAAGAACUGAUUGUUGAGAUUGAAAUCAUUAGUAAAGGAAUCAAUAAUACGAAAUCUUGUCGAGAAAAACUAGAUUGUUACCAAACUAAAGUUAGAGAGAAUCUUGUAACUAUUAAUUCAAUUUUGGAUGAAUUGCAAACGUUCGGACGUGAAACAAACAUUUCAUCUACAAACAGGACACUGUAUGAAGCAAUUGUUCAGAACAAAAAACAACUCUUUGCACUGCAGGAUCGAUAUCGUAAAGCGAUCUUUGCAGCCAAUUCAACUUUAGAAACUGUUGAAAAGGCUGAACUUACUAAUCGUUCGUCAAGAACUGAAAUUGGUAACAAGAUUUCCAAUUUAGAAGAACAAUAUCAAAACUCAUUGGAACUUACUCAAGAUAUGACGAGAUAUGCUAGACUUUUAGCGGAAGAAGUUCAACGUGGAGCUGUUAAUGCUGAAUUACUUGAAAAUUCAUCAAGUAAAUUAAUCUCGAAUUAUUCUGAACUGAAAGAAAUGGCUGGACAUAUGAAUCAGUCGAAACAUUUGACAUCUUUAGCUCGUCGGCGUCGUUUUACAGAAAGAGUGCUUUUCUUUCUAGCAUUUUCAUUUUUCUUUUUAAGUUGUGGAACUAUAUUUUUACAUAGGAUACCUAUGGGACAUUGGUUUUUGCCAUUUAGUUAUUAG